AUGGACGCCAACCGCCACUACCCGUCCCUGCUACUCCUCCCGGCCCCGCCAUCACCGGCGACAAAGGAGUCUUUGAGCGCCGCAUACCGGCCUCCGCUCGAGGCGGCCAUCUCAAAGUGCCGCAACCCAGAGCACGGCACCGUGCUGAUAGUGGCACUUGUGGCGCCCAUCCUCGCCGGGCCCUACCGCUACUCCAAGACCCUGAGCUGGCAUCACGCCCAGUCCCUCGUCGCGGGCCUGUACGCCAUCGCGUCGGCGGCGUGCGCCAAGCUCUCCGUCGACGCGCACAUUGGCGCCGGGCCGGGCUCCGUCGACGUCCGCGUGCUGCUGGUCGACCGCCAGAACGGCGACGACGGUAAAAGCCCCGCGCCGCUGCCGGCAGACGUCGCCAAGGCCGCGGCGACCGCCGAGCCCAACAACACGGCCGUCCUGGACCUGCCCGGCUUUGCGGCCGCGCACCGCCCGUGGACGACCAUCUACCACUGCGGGACCGAGGCGGGACUGGGCCUCUUUGCCGACUUCCUGCGCCUGGCCGAGGCGGGCAGGCAGAUGCUGCGCCAGGACCAGCUGGUCGCCGUGCCGGGCGGCGUGACCAUGCACGACCCGUCGUCCACGGCGGCGGACGGCGCCGGCGAGGGUGGGCAGACCAAGGGCCACGGCAUAGUCUGCAUCGGCGGGACGUUUGACCACCUGCACGCUGGCCACAAGCUGCUCCUCACGGGCGGCGCGCUGCUUCUGGAGGUGCCUAAUUUGGACGAAGGGGGAAAGCCCGCCACCUUCAUCGUCGGCAUCACGGGCGACGAGCUGCUCAAGAACAAAAAGUACGCCGAGCUCGUGCAGUCCUGGGACAGCCGCGCAAGGAGCGUCAUCGACUUCCUGGCCACGCUGCUUUGUCUCAGUCCUGAGGAGGCCAGACCAAAUAUUGAGGAAAAGGAUGGGCUCUUCGUCGCCCGGCUCCGGGGCGGUGCGGUCGAGGUGAACUGUGUCAGGAUCCAAGAUGCUUUCGGGCCGACAAUAACCAUGCGGGAGGUUUCGUCCCUUGUCUUGUCGGCCGAGACGAGAGCAGGAGGCAAGGCUGUUAAUGAUAAGCGUUCCGAGCUGGGCUGGGCGCCGCUUGAGCUCUUCGAGGUUGAUGUCCUGGAUGCGGGAGAUGUGCAGUCGUCGGACGAACCUACACAGACUGCCGAGUUUGCUUCCAAAAUCAGCAGUACGACCAUUCGUAAGCUCAAGGCAGAGUCACGGGGUUGA